AUGUGCGCAGCCAUUGUAGGCGCUGGGAUUGGCGGUACGGCCACAGCACAUUUUCUACGGCAGCACUUCGGGCCAGAAGUGCACAUUGAUGUGUUCGAGAAGGGGACAGUUGGAGGGCGCCUGGCCACAGUCACCGUCAACCAUCAGGACUAUGAGUCCGGGGGCUCCAUUAUCCAUUCCCUAAACCUGCACAUGCAAGACUUUGUCAAGCAACUGGGUGGGUCCAUCUCUGUCCUAAUCAUUCAUAGUACAUUUUAGUACCACAUCUUUUUAUCUGUCCAGUCAGAUCCCUCUGAGAUAGUACAAGUGAAGACCACAAAGACAAAAAGGUGUUCUGUUCAUUGCCAUUACAUGCACAUCAAAGCAGAGGAGAAACUGAGGGUUGUAGGAUAAUCUUCCAUACCUGUAGGCUUACUGCUUUGCUGGUAACUACAGUAUGCUAUUCCACUCAUCACACUAUUCUAUUUUUCUUGCAGGACUUAAGUAUCGUAAGAAUGUGGCAGGGAAGACGGCUGUGUUUAACGGGGAGGAGUUCAUCCUGGAGGAGACUGACUGGUACCUGCUGGAUCUGUUCCGCCUGUGGUGGCGCUACGGCAUCAGCUUCAUCCGCCUGCAGAUGUGGGUGGAGGAGAUCAUGGAGAAGUUCAUGAGGUGAGCGGCAGCAGGGGAAGAGAGCUCAGACGAGACAGACAAGGAAAAUCCUUCUCGCUGUAAAUUGAUUUACUAUUGAUUUCAGAGCGCUGUCAAGCUAUUCAACACACCUUACAUCCCCUAUACAAUCUGUCCCUCUCCUUUCUGUGUCUAUGUGUUAAGGAUUUAUAAGUACCAGGCCCAUGGCUAUGCCUUCAGUUCAGUGGAGGAGCUGCUGCACUCCCUGGGGGGGUCAGGGUUCCUGAAUAUGACCCACUGCUCUCUCUCUGAGUCUCUGCUGGAGCUGGGCGUGUCACAACGCUUCAUUGACGAAGUCAUCGCCCCCAUCAUGAGGGUCAACUACGGACAGAAUAUCAGCAUCCCAGCUUUUGUUGGUAGGAACUAAGGCCGGGAGGAUACCAGUAUCACGAUACUCGUUAGUAUCGUGGCAAGGAAACAAAACACAAAGUGGAUUGAACUUCUUUAGGAAAACAGCCCGAAUGUUGGAAUGUUGAAAACAAACAUCCUUAUGUUGUCAUCCAAGCUAUACCAUACAAUAUUUUACAUACAGCAGGUUUUUAAAGGACCAAAGAGUUAGGUCCGCUUUGUGUCUUCAUUUUUGCCAUGGAAAAAAUAUAACGAUAAUGGUAUUGUCGCAGCCCUAGUAGGAACUGGAAGUACAUUUGUAGUUGUGUGCCGUUCAGGUCAUAACGUUCUGCCAGUCUACCACUGCAGUUGAUCAGCAUGAUCAAUCAUGUUCACAUGUUUUAAUCUGUGUUAUAGGUGCCGUGUCAUUGGCAGGUGCACAGACCAACCUGUGGGCAGUGGAGGGAGGGAACAAGCUGGUUUGCUCUGGGCUGUUAAAACUGGCUAAGGCCAACCUUAUCCAGGCCCAGGUCACAACCAUCUCCCCUCAUGCAGCUGGUAAGUGACUAAACAAUUAUGUUUAUAACAUAGUGCUAACCACAGUGGGCUGACAUAUCAAUUUACUUGCACUAAUCCCAUCAUUUCUUUAUGUGAAUUGAAGGAGAGUCUACCCAGUACCAGCUCAACUAUGCCACUCUGACUGAGAAAGGAUCUGAGUUCUAUGACAUUGUGGUGGUGGCGACUCCCCUGCAGUCCAGUGUGGGCUCAGGUAUCUCCUUCCAGGGCUUUGAGCCCCAGCUGCCUGAUAUUGCUGGUUCCUACCACCACACAGUGGCCUCCAUCGUUCACGGCUACCUCAACUGCUCUUACUUUGGCUUCCCAGACCCCAAGCUCUUCCCCUUUGCUAGCGUUCUCACCACAGACUCACCAGGACUCUUCUUCAACAGUGCUGCUAGCAUCUGUCCCGUCAACAUCAGCACUGGCUUCCGCCGCAAGCAGCCUCAGGAGGCUGGCGUUUACAAGGUAUUCUCCCCCCAACCCUUAGAUAAGCCAGCGCUGAAGACAUUGUUCAGGUCCUACUACUCUGUGCAGGUGACAGACUGGCAGGCUUACCCACAUUAUGGGAGCACCCAGAGCCUGCCGCCAGUUGUCCUUCAUGACAGCCUGUACUACCUCAAUGGCAUUGAGUGGGCCGGCAGCGCCAUGGAAAUGAGCUCAGUGGCAGCUAAGAACAUUGCUCUGCUGGCCUACCACCGCUGGAGCAGGCAGCUGGAGAUGGUCGACCAGAAAGACCUGAUGCACAAGAUCAAGACUGAGCUGUGACACCCCAACUGCGCAGACUCAGGCUCCGUAGGCUAGCUGCAGGGAUUGUUUCUAUGGAACCUUGCUGAUAGGUUGCCAGCAAUACAAUGAUGUUGUAGCAUGAUGCCUAACCCUAAGGAGUUUUGUUUUAUUAAGUUACUGCUGCUGGCUGCAAUGGAAAAUAAAACAUGUUUUAAUUUCAUGCCACGUUGCAUUCCAUGGCUAAGGGAAUUUUAUAUUGAGUGAAGAUGGUGCAUUAAGAUUGUAUAACAAUUGUUAUUAAAGUGGCUCAUUCUCAGCUGUUUGACUUGAUGUGCAAAUAAUAUAGGCUUUAUUCAAACUAAAUGCUUAUAGUCAAAAGGCUUACUACUGUAUUCUGAUAAACAAAUACAAUAUGGUUCGAAUUGAUUUACUCAACUAAGCUACUUUUAUUUCUGCUCAUCAUGCACUGAUUAAAGGCCAGUUUUAAUAUAUUUUUUCAUUUUCUUCAUUAGUUCAAGUGAUAACUAACGGAUUGUACACGUGUUGUACCUGAUAAGAAAUGAAAACGGUUCUUUAUCUUUUUGCUCUGUCAUGUGUUAUCCUUUUUAAACACUCAGUGUCAUCUUUACUUCUGUUAUUUCAAUUCACUUUCUGAUGCACGAUAUGGCGAUUGUGUGUGUGCAAUCUAGUCUUAAACUGAGUUUAAAAACGUAACUUCUCUCUGCAAAGCAGCUUCUGCUGUUGCUACAGUCAUCAAUGCUUGAAGCCUGUUGCAUUGUUGUUACAUAGUUGCGUCUCUGCUGCAUAGUGACAAAUUGUAACUCUAAUGACAAACGUAAUACUUCUAACCGCAUUCUUUACACAUUACUACAAUGUAUCAACAAUAGGCUACAUUACACAUUGUGAUUCUUGACGUAGGCACUUCAUCAUGUGACCUGACUUCCUGAUUUGUCUGUAAUUCUCACAGAGAUACUGUAAUUCUCGUGAAGUUAGUCUUAUGCAGUUUUAAAUCAACAUUCUUAAAUCAACAAACAAAUCAUAAGACGCAACAUGGCUUUUCCAUUCUUAUGGUUGUACUGUAUUUACACUGUUUUGGGAAUUUGUUGAAGGGGUGGUACCAUGGUUUAUUCCCAAGGGACCGAGUGUCUAACCUCUAGCAUGGCAGAAUUACUUUUCUAGGGUGCAGGAAAUGUGAAAGAGAUGACAAUGACAAAUAAUCUUGGUUAACUGUCGGAUUUUAUUGUAUAAUAUCGAUAUUCUAUCACAAAAAAUUCAUGACAUGACCAAAUGAAGUUAUUGUUAUUGACAACUUUUUGAUGUGGUUUUAAUCUUUACAAAAAUAACAUGUUCCUUCCAUUGCAUUAUUGUUUGAAUGGCCAUCUCUGCUUUUCACAGGGUCAUCAUUACCAUGCUAGUAUUGACUGCAGUUUUCUGAUAAAAAAUCUCUUUAGAAAUUCAUGGAGGUUUUGCUGUGUAUCACAGGCUUCAACUUGUGUGUUUAAAUAUUUUAAAGACAGAGCAGUGACAGGCAAGCAUACAGUGCCUUCAGAAA